AUGGGGUCAUCUGGUGUCAUGUGUAGUAGAGCUAGGCCAUAUCUGGCUGUGAUUUUGCUGCAAUUUGGAUAUGCAGGGAUGAACAUAAUUUCUAAGUUUGCCCUAAAUAAGGGCAUGAGCCCACAUGUAUUGGCAGUCUAUCGCCACGCUGUUGCCACUAUUGUUAUUGCUCCUUUUGCCAUUUUUCUUGACAGGAAAGUGAGGCCAAAGAUGACCUUCUCCACCUUCAUCAAGAUAUCAUUGCUCGGCCUACUGGAGCCCACAAUCGACCAAAAUUUGUACUACACAGGCAUGAAAUAUACCACAGCCAUAUUCACAUCUGCCAUGAGCAAUAUUCUCCCUGCCUUCGUAUUUUUGAUGGCUUGGAUCUUGAGACUUGAGAGGGUUAAUAUUCGGAAACUGCAUAGCCAGGCAAAGAUAAUAGGAACCGUAGUCACAGUUGGAGGAGCAAUGCUUAUGACUUUAGUUAAAGGACCUAUGAUUGAUUUGCCAUGGAUAAAAGUAAGUGACAAUCAACAAUCUUCAGCCACUUCCACAAUGCAACAUCCAAUUGAAGGUGCAAUUUUGAUUGCAGUGGGCUGCUUCACCUGGGCUGCUUUCAUCAUUCUUCAAGCAAUUACACUGAAAUCGUAUCCUACUGAGCUCUCCCUCACGGCUUUGAUUUGCUUGAUGGGCACCAUUGAAGGCACGGUAGUGGCCUUGGUAAUGGAAAGAGGCAACCCUUCAGUCUGGUCUAUACAUUUUGAUUGUAAACUCUUAGCUUCUCUUUACAGUGGAGUCAUAUGUUCAGGAUUGGCUUACUAUAUUCAAGGUGUGAUAAUGAAGAAGAAGGGACCAGUUUUUGUCACUACUUUUAGUCCUCUAAGCAUGGUGAUAGUGGCUAUCAUGGGGUCAUUUCUAUUAGCUGAGAUUAUGUAUUUAGGAAGGAUUAUUGGAGCACUUGUGAUUGUGUUUGGCCUUUACUCGGUUGUGUGGGGCAAGAGCAAGGAUGAUGAAGCCCUAUCAAGUUCAGGCAUCAAUAAGGCUGAAUUAACGAUUGAUCUCCAUCAUCAACAACAACCAAUGGCUAAAAUGAGUGGGAUAGUGGGGAGUCUGAAUGAAGAUAUUGAAGAUUCAAUUGGCUUCGAUCUUGAUUUGACGUCCUCCACAAAACGAGCUGAUGAAUCUGUUUGA